UCUAGCUCCUUCUCAGUGGUGGAGAAUGAAACAGGAGAUGGAGUCUGUCCGCCAUGGCUGGUGUCGCUCGAGAUUGACUCCUUCAGAGCCAAUCCGAAUGGAGGACUUACUGGUCUUCACUUAUCCUGAUUGGUGGAAGGAACCAUGGGAGAACCCAUCAUAUGUUCUCUUGAACAUAUAACAGAAUACUGUUCCCUCUUAAAAGAGGAAACCGUGGAAGCCUCCUCAAGACGGACCAUGGCUCGACUUCAGCUACUGAUCAUCUCUCUGCUUGUUCUUCACGUUGCAGCGGUCAUCAGGAUCCCUCUGAAGCGUGAGGUACUCAGCGUAGAGGUGGAAGCCGACAUGGACUUACAGGACCAGGGACUGGAUGAGGAGUGGAUACUCAAGGAGUUAGAGGAGGAUGACGAAGAGGCAGUUGCUGACAUCUCUAAAACGACGGUGCUGGGAGAAACGCAUCCAGAUAACCCAUCAGCAUCACCGUUUAAAACACUCAUUCUGCACCACAAGGAGAGCUUGUAUGGGCUGGUCAGGAUCGGAACCCCCCCACAGGUGUUCAAGGUGGAGUUCAGCACAGCCUCCGCAGGCCUACACAUCCCAUCAGCCAACUGCUCGCACAAAGGGCAUGCCUGCCUUGAGUCCAUGCAAAUCCGCAGACACAGAAACAAACACACACACACACACACACACACACACACAAAUGCAUGUUAUAUUGUACGAGUGGCCUCCUUGCAUUUCCCUGUACAGGGGCACAGAGGAAAUAUGACUCCUCCAAGUCAAGCACGUAUGUGAACAACGGCACUGAGGCCUCAGUCCACAUGGGCAACUUAACAGUGAAAGCCAUCGUCAGCCAGGACGUGGUUCAUUUUGCAGGCGUGCAAGUGCCAGCCCAACAGUUUUUGCGGAAAUUGUGGAUGAACCUUCAGUUGUGGCGUCCCAUAUUGAUGGGGUGUUAGGUCUGGCCUACCUCUCCAUCCCUCACCUUGGUGACCUUCCAGUGUUCGACCGCAUCAUGGCCCUGAAGCUGCUGCCAUUGAACAUCAUCUCUCAUUACUUCAACAGUCACACUGGCCUGGGUGAGCUGAUGCUAGGAGGAACGAAUCCGGAUCACUGCGAGGGAGAGCUACACUACGUUCCUGUGGCUGACAAAUCCAACUGGCAGAUACCGCUGGAGAGAAUUUCCGUGGGGAGGAACCUCACCCUGUGUGAGGAGGGGUGCCGGGCAUCGUUACAAACUUGUGCGAAGGGGAUCUUUGGCCCAGCCGAUGACAUUAAUGCUCUUCACACAGCUAUUGGGGCGAAGCCCAGUGAGAAAUACGGCGCGCACACUGUGAAGUGUCAUGGAAUGUUACGCCUGCCUAUAAUCUCUUUCAACCUUGGAGGAAAGGUGUUUAUUCUCUCUCCCCUUGACUACAUCAAAAGGGUAGAGGUCACCCCCAGACACCAGCACCAGCACAAGCUCCACGUGUGUGUGUCACGUUUCCAUGCGCACAGACGCAGCCUGCAUGGGGAGCAGUGGGUUCUGGGAGAGACCUUCCUGCACCACCUCUACACCGUGUUUGACCGCGACCAGGACCGCGUGGGCUUCGCCCCUCUGAAGAGGCACAACUCUGGACCCAAGCCCCACUUGCCCCCUGGCAGUGCCGCUGAUGGUCUCCCGGAGUCACUGCUGGUGGGUUAAGGCUGUGGGGGAAUCUGCCCCAGAAGCCUCUAGGGCAGAGAUGACAGGCUGUCGCUUUGGGCAGUAAGAGGCUUUAUGAUCCAAGUGCAGAGCUGCUGUUAGCAGAUGCUGUUUGCAAACCUGUUUCUGGUUUCCUUAAUAAUGCUUCAAAGCUA